UCUCUCUCCCUCUCUGGAGCUCAUUCAUGCCAACGCCUGCAGCUGUCUCUUUCUGUUGCUUCCGUCCCUGCACCGCGCUGCCUGCCUGCUGGCCGCCUUCCACUUCCACGCAACAAGCGCAUGGAAACUGACUUUCACUCACACGGGCUUGGUGCGUCAGCGCAAGGUCGAAAGUGCGCAACUUUCUGAAGGUAGACACCUGACUCAGCCUGAUCUUUUUUUUUAAUCUCCCAAGCGGGAAAAGGAAUGUGGGCUUCAAGUGGAUCUGAGCGACUACAAUGGAUGAAGCAAGUACAGAGAACGAGAAACAAAUGGACGUCCACCUCGAGUUCUGUUCUUUGCAGUGAACAAUUCACUGAUGACUGCUAUGAAGGAACACCUUUACAAGAAGCAUUUGGCUUGAAAUUACAGUAUAACAACGUCACAGUUGCCACAGAACAGAUAAAAGGUCAAGCCUCUGCCCCUGACGGACACAAUGACCUCUGACCUUAACUUGACCUCCCUGCUGAACGUGAGCGAACUGCACAACCACUCGAGAGGAUGCUCCCUCACCAAGACGGGCUUCCAGUUCUACUACCUGCCCACCGUCUACAUCAUGGUGUUCAUCACGGGCCUGGUGGGCAACAGUCUGGCCAUCUGGAUGUUUGUGUGCCACAUGAGGCCGUGGAGCAGCAUCUCCGUCUAUAUGUUCAACCUGGCACUGGCCGACUUCUGCUACGUACUCUCCCUGCCCUUCCUCAUCUUCUACUACUUCAACAAGACCGAUUGGAUAUUUGGCGACGUCCUGUGCCGGCUGCAGCGCUUCAUCUUCCACGUGAAUCUCUACGGGAGCAUUCUGUUCCUCACCUGCAUCAGCAUGCACCGCUACACCGGGGUGGUGCACCCGCUCAAGUCUCUGGGCCGACUCAAGAAGAAGAACGCGGUCAUUACCAGCGCGAUGGUGUGGGCUGUGGUGAUCCUCGCCAUCUCGCCCAUCCUUUAUUACUCUCGCACUGGCUUGAAGCGUAACGCCACCAUUUGCUACGACACCACCACAGAGGACGAGCUGCCUGGUUAUUUCAUCUACAGCAUGACUUUGACUGUGUUCGGCUUCUGCAUCCCUUUCAUCAUCAUCUUCUGUUGCUACGGCAUGAUCGUCAAAGCCUUAAUCUACAACGACAUGAACAACGCACCCCUGCGGCAGAAAUCCAUUCACCUGGUCAUCAUUGUGCUUGCCGUCUUUGCUGUCUCCUACCUGCCUUUCCACGUCAUGAAGAAUCUCAACAUGCGGGCCAGGCUGUACUUCCAGAGCCCCGCCAUGUGCGACUUUAACAACAGGGUCUACGCCACCUACCAGGUGACCCGCGGCCUGGCGAGCCUCAACAGCUGCGUGGAUCCUAUUCUGUACUUCCUUGCCGGCGAUACAUUCAGGAGGAAGCUGUCACGGGCCACCAAAAAGCCGUCCAAGAAGGGGGAUCACGUGCUCCAGUCGAAAAGCGAGGAGACGGCGCUGAACAGCCUGGCAGAGUAUGUGGAGAAUGGAGAGCGGCGAAUGUGAGCUCUUAUUAUCUAGAAGCAACAGUAUUGGAUAAUAGAAGCUCUGUGUGGACCUGAAGGCCUUGAACAGUAGGAUGAAUGCUCUGUUUUAACCUUGUGAUGAAUGUCAAUACAGAUAAGCUCAGUACUGUGUUGUUGUGGAGACGUGCUGGCCGCAACAUUAGGUACACCUGCAAGCUAAAAAAGAUAAUACUCAGUUUUGACUAUAUGAUUAUCAACAAAACAUCUAGCCUUGAUGCUGGAAUUUACUGUACAUGUUUAAAUGUGCUUUAAGUAAGCCCUAUUGGGAGCACACAGUUUUGCGUGUUUGUUGCUUUAAUGCUAAUGACCUGAGUGUCUGUCUCCAGGAAGCACUGUUGUGCGUCGUAUCCAAUUUUUACAGAGUCGUCCCUCGCCACAUCACAGUUCGAAUAAAUCAUGCUGUUUUGUGGUUGAAUAUAGCCUAUUACUAGUCAAAAAAUACAUAGACUUGAGCAAAUUUUAUAUAUUUUUUGCCUAAAUGAAGCAUUUUCAAGCAUUAAAAUGGCUAAAUGAACUGAAAUAAAAAUGUAAGGCAUUCAGAAGACGUAUGCAAAGACGCAAAGUAAUGUAGUAUUGUACACUGGUCACUAGGUGUCAGUAUUGUUACUGUAUUGUUCAGAGAGACACUCAACAGGUGCUUAUCUCACAACAGCCACCCUAAUAAUAACAUAAUAAUCAUCAUAAUUAUAACAUGGGCUAUUGUUGCGGCCGUAAUCCACUCCAAGUUAAAACUCAACUCUGAACCCCCGACAUCACUUCCUGUCUUACACACGUACGGAAUUUCAUGAAUAAAUCUUCCUGUUUUGUGGUUGAAUACGGCCUUUUAUUCGAAAACAAAAUGCAUAUUUGAGCAAAUGUUACAUAUUUUUUGCCUACAUGAAGCAUUUCCAAGCAUAAAAAUGUCUAAAUGAACUAAAAUACAAAUAUAAGUCAUUUAGAAGACAAUUCAAAUUGUGAAUGCAGUAUUCUACAAUGGUCACCAGGUGUCAGUAAUUGUCUGGUGAGACAAGCACCAGACUUCAUCACCGGAACAACAGGCUUUUAUUGCAGGUUUAAAUUAUCUCACAACAGGCACAAUAAUAAUAAUAAUAAUAGUUGCAGCCAUAACUCACGACAACUCUGAACCCCGACAACACUUCCUGUUUGCCUGCCACUCAGCUCCCCUAUGAACACAUUUAUAGCAACACACACCAGCAUGAGUAUUAUUUAAAUGGCUUUUUUUCUCUUAGUAUGUCACCUAUAUCGGGUAAUCAAAAGAUGACUUUAGGGGUCUUAUGUCAUGUCUAGAGGGCUCUGAUAAUGUUAAAAACUGUAUUUAGAAGGUGGUAAACAUGUUUUCUAUGCUCUUAACUACAAAAAAUUCACGAAGAGAAAUCCCAAUCACAUGUUUGUCUGGAACCAGUUAACCGCAAUAAACGAGGGAUUACUGUGUACUGUACACCUGUGAUUCUCAACUAGUGGGUCGCAACCCAAAAGUGGGUGGAUUUAAUGUGCUGUCCACAUGACACUUGUAACACAAAGUUAGCGCCCUCUAGUCAGCUGCACAGUUGUCACAAACAAACCCUUUAAAUAUAAGACAUUAAGACGUUUGAGUAGAACAUUUUUUGCAAUGUCACUGAAGGGUGAUGGUGGUGAAAACCACUGCCGUGCCAAUGUAACUCUUGUCCAAUGUAAAAUUAAGGAGCGGGACGGGAGGACACAAACGUGGUGGUAUCAUUAGUCACAUUUUAACCUGCAACAUUAUGCUAGGUUAGCCUAUUUGGUGAAAAUAAACAAAAUGACUAAACUUACAGCUGCCAAUGUGCCUGGUAUAGAGCGCCAGGCUUUGUUUAAAGAUGUGUAGCGAAGCCUGCAAAAGCCUCCGUUUGAGUGCCUAUUCUCUAAAAAGUGGACUAAAAAGACAUGAUAGAUUGUUCUCCCUUCUGGUGGUCAUAAAUAGACUCUAGGGACACAUAUUACUGUGCGAUAGGGGCUCUUCAAUGAUAUGUUCACUAUGGUGGCUGUCAUUUGCUGUAGCAUCAUAUAACAAAACACUCCUACAAUGCAAUGUCGCGUUACACCACUGCAAACUACAACCACAAUAAUUCAAAUUACUAUCUUUUUAAGUGCAUGUUAUUUUACAUACAACUCAUGCAGGUGUACCUAAUAUUCUGAUUGCUAGUAGCUGAGCAAAGGUGCAAAAGGUUUGUUGCUUUCCCGUCGAUGUACAGGAGGAUAAAAAGAGAUUAAAAAGAUUGGAAAGGCGCCCUCUGGAAGCCACGGAACGGACGGUUCAUCAAUAGCUGUUUAGCAGCUGGAAGUGAGUGGCUUAGAGAGUGCUACUGACUGGAAUGACUUUAUCCACUCACCGGCCACAACAUUAGGUACACAUCAUUCGGUACAAUACAAGUACUGUAAAACUACACAUGCAUCAUACCGAAAGGUGAUUCUGCCGAUAAAACAAAAUGUUAGAAGGAGGUCAGGUACGAUUUUCUUUUUAUAGUUCAUGUAUUCGAUCAGUGUACCUAAACAAAUGGCCAGUGAUAGUGAAAUGUGAAUUCACUGACAUAUGGAGUUUGUCGCCAUCCUAAUGCAUUACACAAGCAGGAAGGCCUGUGCCUCCCUCCUCCGUCUCUUCCUACUCUUCUUCUGUCUUUUUGCCUCCUGACGGGAGGUUGAGGUUAUACGGCUGUGUCGCCGCAAUGGUGUUAAAAAGGAAAAAAACAAGACAUAAUAUUACCAACAGUAUUCUGUGUAUAUGGUGCCGCAGUGAAUGUUCUUCUUCAUAUACUGUAAAUGUUGUGACGUAUGAGCUUAGUUUGUGUCUGGUGUCAAAUACUGUCACUAAAAAAACUUGACUGCAACAUGGAGAAUUAAAAAAAAAAUCAUGUUUUAAAGAGGAACACUCAAAACUUGGAGUUGCCUCAAAGUAAACAGUGUGUGUUUUAACAGUGUUGCAUUACGGUAAAGAACUUGUGUGUGCUUGUUUUAUACUAGUGACGUGCGAUACCACUGAUUCGAUACUGCGUAAAAUUCAGGCUGGUAUCGGCGAUACCGAUACUUUGUGCAAAUUCACCUAAUGUGCCGGGUAAAUUUUAAAAAGUAGUGUAUUUCAUAUCAUAGCAUAAAAAAUAGAAGACAUUUAAUUAAUUCAUUAAUUAAAAAUUACAUUUAUUUAUUUAUUAAUGAAAUUAUUUUGUUAUUGCUUGAAUUUGAUAGUGUUUCUCACCUUCUUUAUCAAAAUGCUUCAAUUUUCUUUGUCUCCAUUCUGGGUUACAGUAGCGAGGUGAGAACUAUUGAAUUCAAGAAACAACUCAUGUCAGAAAGGGAAGGCGGUGGUGGUGGAUGGUGGCCAGUUGAGAGACAUAGUCUUUCCAAGGCGUCCUGGGUCUUCCCCGAGGCCUCCUACCGGUCAGACAUGACCUGAACACUUCCCCAGAGAGGCGUCCGGGAGGCACCUCUUCUAGCUCCUCUCAAUGCGAAGGAGCAGUGGUUCUGGUCCGAGGUUCUCCCGGAUGACAGAUUCCUGGAGUGCUACUCACAGGAUUCCCUGAAGAACACGGUCGAAUGCCUUUUCCAAGACCACAAAACACAUGUAGACUGGUUGGGCAAACCCCCAUCCACCCUCAAGGACUCUGCCGAGUCCAGGACGAAAACCACACUGCUCCUCCUGAAUCCGAGAUUCAACUAUCCGGCAGAUCUUACUCUCUCCAAGUUUCUCCUGGAUGACAGUGCUUCUCACCUUAUCUCUAAAGGAGAGCCCAGCCACGCUAACGAGGCAAAUCAUUUCGGCAGCUUGCACCUGCGAUCUUGUCCUGUCAAUUACUACCCACAGUUCAUGACCAUAGGUGAGGGUAGGAAAACAGAUAAAAACGGGAAAUUGAGAGCUUUGCCUUUCGGCUCAGCUACCUCUUCACCACAUCGGACAGAUGCAGAGUCUGCAUCACUGAAGAUGCCACAGCAGUACCACACCUUCCCUCACUCGUGAACAAGACCUCGAGGUAUAUAAACUCCUCUACUUGGGGCAGGCAUGUCAACACCGACCCGGAGAUGGCACUCCAUCCUUUUCCAGGUGAGAACCAUGGACUUAGACUUGGAGGUGCUGAUUCUUAUCCCAGCCGCUUCACACUUGGCUGCGAACCAAUCUAGUGAGAUUUGAACAUCACGGCUCAAUGAAGCUAGCAUGACCACAUCAUCUGCAAAAAGCAGAAACCCAAUCCUGCCGCUACCAAACCGGAUCCCCUCAAAGCCCUAGCUGUGACUACAAAUUCUGUCCAUAAAAGUAACGAACAGAAUUAGUGACAAAGGGCAGCGCUGGCGGAGUCCAACCCUCACUGGAAACAAGGCCAACUUAUUACUGGUGAUGCAGACAAAGCUCUGACAUCGGUCAUGCAGAGACCGAACCGCCUGAAUUAGGUGGUCCGGUACCCCAUACUCCUGGAGUACUCCCCACAGGAGUCCUCGAGGAACACGGUGGAAUGCUUUCUCCAAGUCCACAAAACACAUGUAGACUGGUUGGGCAAACGUGUAGAGCAUUUGAAACACCUCCCAAUAUGACAAUUAAAUAGGAAACUAAGAUGCAAGUUCCAUGUAAACAGCUGAUACUUAAUAAGCACAAAAUACUUACUAACACUUUCAACAUCACAUAAUGGCAGUAAACUACUAACAAACCUUGUGCUUCUACUUCUGUGACAGCGGGUUUCACAUUGCAGUACAAGCAGAGUGUUGUCACCACCUAUAGGAGUAUUAACAGACUACAUCCCGCCACAUAAAAAACAUCUUUGGAAUAAAAGUGCAAGAUAAUUUUCCUUUUUUUUUGCCAGGGAAAGACCCGCAUUAAAAACGGGUCUGCGAUUUUGGGUACUGACCCACCAGUUGAGAAUAUAUAUAGUCCUUAAUAUAUUAUUAGCCUAUUAUUAGACAAGUUAUAUGUAGUAUUGUGCUCAUCAGUAAUGUUAUGAGACAUGACGUUAGAUUACAUUAUCUUUCACACUGCAUGGAGACUGGCUACUGAGCCAGCAGAGCCGAGCCGACGUGCCAAGGCUGAGACGGACAUGCCAUGUCACUCAGUGUGGAAGUGGUAGGUUUUUGGCUUCUUUGUCCUUCUUCCCCACUCCGUUUGAAACACUUUCUUAAGUUUAGAAUAAGUAAAUUGGAGGGGCUAACUAGUUUGCUCGGUUGCUUGCUAUGCUAGCGGCGGCUGUCUGUUAUGUCCCUGCAGUGAUCCCGUAGCCUGCCCGAUGUGAUGUAAACAAAGAAUAACAGGAGUGUAAAAGUGAUUAUUAGGGUGUUAUUUCAUAUCUACAGGGCUCUAAUAAUCUUACAGCCUGUAUUUAGAAAGUCAUAAACAGGUUUUGUAUGCCAUAACUACAAAAUGAAUAUUGAAUCCUACUUGGCAGAAAUUCACUUAUCACGGUCAGGUCUGGAACAUAUUAACCGUGAUAUACAAGGGACGACUUUAAAUGGUAAAACUAAACACACUGCUAACGUCACUGCAGUCUUGUCUUUUAUGAAAGGUGUCCCUGAUUACUAGUCAAGAUUCAUAUGGGACUACGGGGUCAAUCCCAACACCUGACAGAUGUAUCUUUGAGUGGGGUGGACAAACUAUACUCCACUGACACUCCCCAAUGUUCUUUCCUGGUGUUCUCAUUGAAGCAUGUUCUCUGUUGAGGCUGAGUGGACUUCCGUGCAGAGGUCUGUCUUUCCUGCGGCCUCCUCCUGCUCUUUCUGCACGGUUGUUGACUUUCUCUUUCACCAUUGCCAGGAGGAAGGAACGGAAUGACAGAGGAAUAAAAAGUAGUACCUCUUUCUCCGAGCUCAUUCUAAGACAGCUUUU